AUGACAACAUCGGAUAUAGCUAUGGGGUGUAGGUCGCUACAGACGGUGGUUGAUGUGAAGCUUCCGAUGGUGCAUCUGAUGAUGAACUGGAAGCACCUGCUCUCUGUCCAUGAUUCGGGGGACGAUGGGGUUGUGACGGUGCACGUCUCUAUCGAUUUCGAUGAAAGAUCCGCCCUCGUGCAUCCUCAGAAAGCAGAAAUGGUUUCCUUUUUCGGAUCGGCUCAAGCGCUUGGUGGUCACAUGAAUGUUCAUAGAAGGGAUAGAGCUAAGCUUAAACAAUCCCUUGAUGACCAAUCCAUUGGCCAUUAUUCUAGGGUUUCUUCGUCGUUUGGGUCGAAAAGGCCUCUCGGUGAUACGACCUCGGGAUCCGAUGAAGAUAUUGAUCGUGUAGAGACCGACUUGUCCUUCGGGUUGAGUUCCGUCUUGUUCGGAAACCUAGCAACCGUGCCUUGUAAUAAACGACCAAAGGUGAUGCAAUGUUCUCCUCUUCUAUGGAGGGUUCUUGAACUUAAGCCUGCAAGUUCAAUGGAAGACUUGGACCUUGAGCUCAGGCUUGGUGUUCUAUAA